AUGGGACAAGGCUCUUGGAGCUUUUGCAGUCUCCUCUUCAUGGAGUCUUAUCUGGUUCAGGGUUGGGUUGGAGGCAAGAGUGAGGCUGAACUUGUUGCCAUGAAGUCUGUCUUCGGUGAGGGUUUGAGAGACUUGAGUUUCAAUGAUUUUGGUGGAAGUCAAAUCCCUAAGUUCAUUGGUUCCCUCAGCAAAUUGACUCACCUUAGUCUCUCUUCUAGUAAUUUUGGUGGACCAAUUCCUCGUCAGCUUGGAAAUCUUUCAAGUUUGCAAUUUCUGGACCUUGGCGAUAAUGAUGGUUUAUCUAGUAUUGGAAACCUUGAGUGGCUUUCUCACCUUUCUUCUUUGAGUUAUCUUGACCUGACUUAUAGCAACCUUAGUAAAUCCAGUGAUUGGUUUAAGGUAGUUAACAAGCUCCCUUCCCUGAGAACCUUGAUUCUGCAGGAUUGUAAUCUUCCACCGAUCAUUUCUUCCCCUCUGUCACUUGUCAAUUCUACAUCUCUUCUGCACCUCGAUCUCGGUUCCAACAAUCUCACUUCCUCAAUGUAUCCCUGGUUGUUCAACUUUAGUAAUAAUCUUGGUUAUCUUGACCUUAGCCAUAACCAAUUACAAGGUUCCAUUCCUGACACUUUUGGACACUUCACUUCGCUAACAGUGCUCGAUCUUUCUUAUAAUCACCUUGAAGGUGGAAUUCCAGAAUCCUUUGGGAAUAUGUCUCGCUUACAUUCAUUAGGUCUGGAGAAUAAUAAUCUUGGAGGAAAACUCCCGAAGUCUAUUCGAAACUUAAUUGGUGCGUGCACUGAAAGCACUCUGACGGGCUUGGACUUGAGUGACAAUAAAUUCAUAGGUUCAGUGUCUGCUCUGUCAAGAUUUUCGUCCUUAGUAGAACUACUUCUUCAACAGAAUCUUUUGAAUGGAACCUUAACCAAAAGCAUUGGACUCCCGUACAAGCUUGAGGUUUUGGUUCUUCGUGAGAAUUCAUUGGAAGGUGAAAUCACAGAAGCCGUUUUCUCAAAUCUCUCCAACUUAAAAAUUUUGGACUUGGCUGGUAACUCUCUUGUCUCUGAACUGAGACCUGACUGGAUUCCUCCUUUUCAACUGCACACUAUAAGUCUUGCCUCUUGCAAGAUAGGGCCUCAUUUCCCAAAAUGGCUUCAAACUCAAAAACGUCUUAGAGCUCUAUAUAUUUCCAAUGCUGGAAUCUCAGAUAUUUUACCUGAAUGGUUUUGGGAUCUAUCCCUUGAAUUAAGAGAAUUAAAUCUCUCUCACAAUCAGAUCAAGAGUAAACUUCCAAAUUUAUCUUUGAAAUUUAAUUCUUCUUUAAUUUCGGCAAUAGAUUUUAGUUCAAAUCAUUUUGAGGGUCCAAUUCCAACACUUCCUUCACUUAUAUCUUUUGUGAAUCUAUCCAAAAAUAAGUUUUCGGGAACGAUUUCUUCCUUAUGUUUCGCUAUUGAGAAUUUGGUUUUCAUCGACAUCUCCAGUAACCUGCUAUAUGGAGGGGUUCCAAAUUGUUGGAAGCAAUCCAAUUACUUAAUGAUAGUUAAUUUUGCAAACAACAAUUUCUUCGGGAAAAUUCCAGACACGAUGGGCGCCCUAAGUAAUCUUCAAACAUCGAGUUUACGCAAUAAUAGCUUCUCUGGAGAAUUGCCUUCGUCUUUAAAGAAUUGUACAGAACUAAGAAUGCUAGAUUUAGAAAAGAACGCAUUAUCAGGAAGGAUACCAGAGUGGAUAGGGGAAAGCCUGCAAGAUUUAAUUAUUCUUAGUCUGCAAUCCAACAGAUUUUUUGGAAACAUUCCUCUCCAGAUAUGCCGUCUAGCAAAUAUUCAGAUCUUGGACCUUUCUUUAAACAAUAUUUCAGGAACUAUACCAAAAUGUUUCAACAAUUUUUCUGCCAUGACUGACGAAUGGGAUACCAGUGCCACCAUCACUACCGACUAUAUCCCCUAUGUUGGUUAUGAGUUCGGGGGCCAUGAGUAUUUUGACAAUGCAGUGUUGACAUGGAAAGGAUGUAAAAGCGAGUUCAAGAAUAUUCUAGGAUUGGUAAAGAUCCUUGACCUUUCAAGCAAUAGACUAAGUGGAGAAGUUUCUAGAGAGAUUAUGAGCCUUACAGGAUUGGUUGGCUUGAACCUUUCUAGAAACAAUUUGAGUGGAGAAAUCACUUCGAAAAUUGGUGAUUUAAAAUCAUUGGAUUUCCUUGAUUUAUCAAGAAAACGGUUUUCUAGUGAAAUUUCUCCAACCCUUUCACUAAUAAGUGGUCUUAGUGUCCUCAAUCUUUCAAAUAACAACUUGUCAGGCAGAAUACCAUCAAGCACCCAACUCCAAAGCUUCAAUUCCUCAGCGUAUGGGGGGAAUCUCGGUUUGUGUGGGUUGUCACUUCCAACUAAGUGUCCAGUGAUGAACCAGCUCAAGGUCUAG